CGCCGUCUGCGCCCAGCCUCUCUCUGUCUCCAUCUAGCCGGUUUCCUGACUGCUGUGGCAGUAAAGCCUUUACCAUGUUAUACUGAAAGCAUGCAACAGCAGCGAGCAGCGGCUCACACACAGCAGCAGCAGCAGCAGCAGGCUGCGAGCCGACAGCAGGCUCUGCAUGCAGCUCCCAUUCUAAAUAUUUCUGCCUGGUAAUACAAAACCAGGCAUAUUCUGCUAAAUUAUUAAAUACCAGCCUGCAAAGGCUCAGACUGUAGUAUGGCAUGAGGUAAUUGUUACAGCACGGUUUGUUUGUUUGAUGCUUUUAUGUGAGCCAACAAGUGGAAAUGUGUUUUGGAAAUAGAUGGGCUAUCAAGAGUGUAUUUAUUGUUCCCCUCAUGGUUUUUAAAAUCACGAGUCCACUUUAGGGACAUCAAACUACGCGAGGAGGUAAUCAUUUAGAGUUGAUCAUAAACUAUAGUGACGUUCAGGGUAUAUCUGAGCGAAGACUUAUAUUUGACAGGCCUGUGGAUCUGUUUGGGUGACGUCGCAGUAAAAGUGAUUUCUGAUUAUGCAGGGUGGUUAUGGCAACAUUGACAAAGUCGAUCUAUUUGGUCCACAGUGGAUUAAGAUGAUCGACCAUGUGAGCGGGAUUUAAACACCUUUCUACAUCUCAAUAAUCCCAUUCUUGUAAUAUCCUAACAGCCUUAAGGAGUGAUCGAUCCGCUGCAACCUGUGCGCAUAGCAGGCAAUGGACCGAUAUUCAGUCGAAGGCGGUGUUUUGGCUGUACGGUGACGUUUUAAGGCAGGUCCUGGUCAAACCUACCAAUGAUACAAGUCGGUCCUAUUCUGCUGGGACUGAUCGCAAUGAACGGGUGUCGGAGCUCUGAACGGCAUAGGAGCAACCACAGCGAGUCGAGGCGAUCAAGGGGAUGCGGCAUCGGUACGCGGGAGCUGUCCAUCAGCACCAAAUCCCCGACGAAAAGCAAGGAAGCAGCCAGCAGAGCCGAGACCCAGUCGCUCCUGUUUUUAGCCUGCCGCCCCCGCCCUCUUCUCACCACCGAGACCGCACUUCGACCACCGCCGCUCACCGCCAGAGCCUCCAGGAGCUCCCCUGUCUGAGCCAGCCCUCUCGGAGACCUGUUCACAGCGGCGACCCUCUACCUUUGGCGUCCUACGACACCGCCCAGCGACCUUCACACCGAGGCAGUGAACCCAGCACCGGGCAGCCGGCGCACCUGCAGCAGGAUCCCUGGGCCCCGGCCGGUUCCCAGCAGCAGCCGCCGCCGCCGCAGUCGGAGAAGCAGCCUGUUUUUCCAAGCUGCCACUGCAGUUUUUCCGAGCAGGAGGCGAGCCUUUCUCAAAAUCAGCACCAUCCUGUCGACCCUCUCCCACCGCAGCCCUCCCCACCUUUUCCGCCGCCUAUACCACCGCCACCAACCUCCUCCUCCUCUCUGCUGUUUUCCCGGGAAUCUAAAAGGGGGGAUCGUCUCCGAAGGAGUGCCAAUAAUUACCAACAGGCAAGCAUCGUGGAACGCUGCAGGGGAGGAGGAGGAGCAGGAGGGCACCGAGACCACAGGCAGUUGUUGCAGCAACAGCAGCAGCAGCAGCAGCAGCAGCAACAGCAACAGCACAGUCAUUUAAGACUCCAACAGAGGGACCCCUCCCCUGAAGGAAUCCGUGCAAACUCACAGAAAGGGCGCUCUUUAAAUGUAUGUGAGUCAACCGAGGCUAACAGGAGAGCAUUUGAGUCUCAGACUCAGGACCUGCAACAGCAGCAACAGCAGCAACAGAUCCCACAAUUACGAGCGCAGCAACAGCUACUGGUGGGAAGCAGCUUGCCUAUCAACUACUGCGCCAGCGGCUCAGGAGAGCUAUGUAGGACUCACCAGGCUCCACUGCUGCAACAGCAAGAGCAGCAGCAACAGCGGCAGCAGCAGCAACAGCAGCAGCAGCAGCAGCAGCAGCAAGACGCACUGGGGCUCUGUCCCCAGCGUCCGCAGCACUGUGAACAAGACCGCAAUAAGUCUGGGAGGAUCUCCGCGCAAGGCGACCAGGCGCAGCCACACAGCCGCGACUCCCGCGUAACCCCCCCGGUAACACAACAGGCAUACGCGGGGAACUCGUCUGCGACUGUCAGCAACAGCAGCAAAGACAGCCCCAACUACGGCUCGAGCUAUCACCUGUGGCCAGAGAGCCCGCAUAAAGGAGAGGAGAGGAUACGCAUCGACCUCCAUAAGGCCACUACUGAGCAGAAGAAGCUGAGCCAUGCUGGAUCCAAGCCCUCCCUCUCCGAGAGCAGCGGCCGACUCCCUCAGAUAGCCAUGAACACCUGCAAGUACAAUGGCGGAGUGGUGAGACCACUAGUGGGCAGCCUGGCGUCCUCGUCGCGCCGCAACCUCGCGGAGCUCGACUCGGAGACGCAGCCCUUGCAGACGCUGCACAGCUCUGGCCUGGAGGUGGUGGUGUCCAAGGGCAACGGUGGCGAAGACCCCAGCAAGGCGUCCAAUGAAAGCUUGGUCAGGGAGGGCAGUGGGCGUAGCGGAGGCAGGGCGCCGGCGAAGAAGAACAGGGACAUUGGCUACAAGCUCGGCCACCGGAGGGCGUUGUUUGAGAAGCGGAAGCGGCUCAGCGAUUACGCACUCAUCUUCGGGAUGUUUGGGAUUGUUGUCAUGGUGACAGAGACGGAACUUUCAUGGGGGGUUUACACUAAGGAAUCUUCAUACUCAUUUGCACUGAAAUGCCUUAUCAGCCUUUCCACUGUUAUAUUGCUUGGUCUUAUAAUAAUGUACCAUGCCCGGGAAAUCCAGCUGUUUAUGGUCGACAAUGGUGCGGACGAUUGGAGGAUAGCCAUGACAUAUGAGCGGAUCUUCUUCAUCGUGCUGGAGCUGCUGGUGUGUGCCAUCCAUCCCAUCCCGGGCCAUUACGUCUUCACCUGGACGGCGCGGCUUGCCUUUGCCUACACGCCGUCAGUGGCUGAGGCUGAUGUGGACAUCAUCCUCUCCAUCCCCAUGUUCCUGAGACUCUACCUGAUAGGCAGGGUCAUGUUGCUCCACAGCAAGCUGUUCACGGACGCUUCCUCUCGCAGCAUCGGCGCCCUCAACAAGAUCAACUUCAACACACGCUUUGUCAUGAAGACCCUCAUGACCAUCUGUCCAGGAACUGUUCUGCUGGUGUUCAGUAUAUCCUCCUGGAUCAUUGCUGCAUGGACUGUGCGCGUCUGUGAGAGGUAUCAUGACAAACAGGAAGUGACCAGUAACUUCCUGGGAGCCAUGUGGCUCAUCUCGAUUACCUUCCUUUCGAUUGGCUACGGGGACAUGGUACCACACACGUACUGUGGGAAAGGCGUGUGUCUGCUUACAGGGAUUAUGGGAGCUGGUUGCACUGCACUGGUGGUUGCAGUGGUUGCCAGGAAGCUGGAGUUGACCAAGGCUGAGAAGCAUGUCCACAACUUCAUGAUGGACACACAACUCUGCAAACGAGUAAAGAACACAGCUGCCAAUGUACUCAGGGAAACAUGGCUCAUCUACAAACACACUAAGUUGGUCAAGAAGAUAGAUCACGCCAAGGUGCGGAAACACCAGCGCAAGUUUCUCCAAGCCAUUCACCAACUGCGCAGUGUGAAGAUGGAGCAGAGGAAACUCAAUGAUCAGGCCAACACCUUGGUGGACCUGGCAAAGACCCAGAAUGUGAUGUAUGACCUGGUGUCAGAGCUGCAGGAGCGCAGUGAGGAGCUAGACAAGCGCAUCGGCACAUUGGAGGACAAGCUGGACUCGGUGACGGGCAGCCUGCAGGCGCUGCCCUGCCUCAUCUCCCAAGCCAUAACCCAGCAGCAGCAGGACUUCCUGGACGGCUUUGUUCACCGCUUUCGGCCCGCCUCACUAGCCUCAGAGCGCUCUGAACGCUCUGAGCGAUCCUGGACUUCCACCGCCCGUAGGCGGCGCUCUCCCUCCACAGCACCACACACAUCUUCUGAUAGCGGAUAACCUUGACACACCCUCUGCAAUCACCCUCGAGACCCACCUUUCCCAAACCAACUCGUCACCUCAUUCUGUCCCAUCCAAAGUUGUCCCUGUAACCGCUGGCGAGUCCCUGUCUGGAAUAAUAAUGAACCCAUAUCUUGACCCCUGACCUGAUCCUGUCCCUUAUUCUCUCAAUCCCACCCAACCAUACCCUCUCCCCUUCCUCCCCACCCAACAUCAAAUCCAAAAACCAAUUCCUCUGUGACUGAGCCUCUCAGCACAGGACUGGAUCAGAGCUACUCCAAAAGAACAAAGAAAAGCAAACAGACUUAAAUCAAGAAAAAACACAAAUGCAUCCAAAAAAAGAAAAAGAGAAAAAAAAUUAAAAAUGACUGAAAAACCGAGAUAAAGUAGAGAUAUGGUUUAUGUUUUAGCCAUUGUAUGGCUGUUCAAGUUAGCUUUUUUGUAAAAGCCCUUGUAUAGUUAAAAAAUGACUGAGUUCAGGGUCGCUGGGGUGAGAGCUGGCUAUCACACCGGAGAGUCCUUAACAACGAGGGGGGAAGUUGGUCUGUGGAGCUGAGGGCCUCGGCUCACCUGCUGGCCCUCUGAGGCCAUGGAGGACAUCCGUCCACCCAUCCGUCCGUCUAUCUGUUUGUACGGUGAGGAGAGCGAGACAAACCAUUGGAUUUCCCUUUCAAAAGACUAGUGUCAUGGAUUCUUUCCCAUAGGUUAGGGUGAAAGCUUUAGAGGAGGCUACGAAAGCUCUGACUUCAGUCAGUGUUUGAAAAUGCGCUAAAGGGGGAGGGGAAACUGUCACACAAAAGAAGAGCAAAGGGGAUGCAUAUGGCAUUACUACUGGGUAGGAAAAAUUUACACAGUUGCCAACUUCAAGGUUUCAGCUUCCUUGUUCUUACCAAGGGAAAAUGAGAGCGACUAUCUUUUUUAGUUACAUAUUGACAUGUGAUUUUUCAGUGCCUGAAUGUAUAAAUAGUAGAGGGUUAUUUAAUUACUAAUUUCAGAGCUUUUUUACGAUGUUAACAGUCUGAAUACAGCAUUGCAUUCCUUUUUCAGAUACAUUCCUCUCCAAAAAUUUAAAGAAAAUGUCUUAAUGUAAUGCAUAACAUUGCCUCCAUUACACAGCAACUCUAAAUGUUUUGAAAACUUUUUUUUCUAUUUCUACUAACACCGUGAGAAAUGAAAAAGUUUAGAGAGUAAGCGAGAGUGAGACAGACUGAGAGAGUAUUUGUGCGUGUGUUUGUCAGAGAACAAGUUCACUUUUAGCUCAAUGCUGCACACUCAUACACAAAACAAUGAAAUAUGUAGUUCUCUACCUUUCUCAUCACUAAUUAGAGCUUCCUGUGGUCUUAAGAUAAUGGCAUGGCUUGAGGUCUGCUGGUAUAUACGGCCACACAGGCACACAUCACAGUCAAACUGAGAAACAAACCUUGACCCUUCGCAUGGUUCCGUGCAAAAAUGACAAUGGGACACUCUUCCUUGUAUGGCUUGAUGAUUUUACAUGAUUUACAUGAUUUUGAUUUUAUUAUAUUUUGUUUGUUUGUUUGUUGCCUUUCCUUUCUUUUGUCAUUUUUUACUAAAAGUUCAUUUUUUUACUAGGAUAUCUAGGGGUUUUAGAGUUGCAGAACCUAGAGGGUUGCAGUAAUGUCAUUCUGUAAUGCAUUCCCUGUUUAAAAUAUGAUGUGAAGAAAAAUCACCAUUACAAAAGAAUCCUGAAAAGAUACAAAUAAAAGUGCUGAAGAAACUUUCAUGAAUUGAUCCCUCUGCAAGUUUAAAAGAAUAGUUAGACAUUUUGAGAAAUACGCUUAUUCGCUUCAUAGUCGAGAGUUAGAUGAGAAGAUUGACCAUAGGUUGUUCUUUAUAGUACAAUUUUUGCUGGAGUUUUUACCUCUUAAGAUUGAUACCACCCUUAUGUCUGUAUAGUAAAUAUAAAGCUAUUGGUUAAUUAGUGAGCUUUAAAGGUGCUGCUAAGUGGAUUUUAUUACCUUCUUACAGAGCCAGGCUAGCUGUUUUCUGUCUUAAUGCUAAGCUAAGCUAACCAACUGCUAGUGGUAGAUUUAUAUUUACAGACAUGAGAGUGGUAUCAAUCUUCUUAUGUAACCCUCAGCAAGAAAACGAAUAAGCAUAUUUCAAACUAUUCCUUUAACAUUACAGUAUCAGGCGGAGUUUUUGUCUAUCUAAAUGACAUUUAAACACAAUGAUAGAGGAGAAAUUAGACAUUUUAAAGGCAUGGUGAAUGACGCAUCCUAAAGUUGUGAUGACUUGUAUAUUUUAGAUUUGAAGAGAAAGAGUUAUUUUUUCCAAAAAACAUUUAAAAGGCAGAUCAGGAAGUCAGCGGGUUAGCGGGCUAGCAUGCUGUCCUAAAGUAGUUUGAAUGGUAGAUAAUCUGAGUCCCAAAAGGAUGUUAGUACUAAAAAUCACCUUUAUGGCCCCUCAAGCUAACAGACAAAUAGGAUCAUUAUUUUUUCCUUGGAUCUUAAUUAUUUCCAAGCUGCUUCGAGCUGAAUCGGGUCUUAGUCAAACCCCUGUGAGACAGUGAGCGAAUCCACUCUCCCACAGGCUCUGGACUGGCCAUAGAGCACUUCAUUUAAGAACAUAUUCAGUUUCUACGAGUGGAACUUAAUCAAGCAUGAAUAUUAGCUUUUUCUUUUCAACUUGAGUUGAUGAAGCAUGACUCUUUACUGCCCCCACCUCUAGACACUCGUACAGUGCUGCACUCCACCCUUCCAGUAUGGAGGGGUCUAUCAUGCCAUUACAGUCUCUGUUUCAAUCAGUGUCAUCCAAUGAGUCAGGACGGCUAAUGGAUGAUUAUCUGCUUGAUUGCGACCUCACCUGCCUGUUCAUAUCUAAGGUUUCCACCUCUUCAUUACAUCAGAGGUUUAACCUCGCGUUUGUCAUCUGUCAUCAUUAAGAACAUCAGUCCCCCACACACAAAGAGGCUUCCCAAAUGGCCCGCAGCAAAGACCUUUGAGUGGUUUGAAUGAAAAAAAAAAAAAACAGAAAGAAAGAAAGAAAGGAAGAAGCAGGGGAACCCCCAGGUCAUGUUCCAUGUUGCACUCCGUGUGUAAUAUUCAGUUACACCAGGAAGGAUCACAGAUGCUGGAGUGUCUUCCCCAGAGAGAUGAGACAGUAGUGGUGUUAAGGACUUCAUCCUUCAUCAAGCAGCAGGGAAGAGGGAGAGAGUAGAUUGAAAAGAAGAAAAAUGAGAGCAAUAGCUCAUUUACUGACAGAUGUCCAUUAUGGCCCAGGAGGGUUGUGAACAGCAAGAGUGGGUGUCCUGUAAAUAUGACCUCAUUGUAGAUGUCGCCAAGUAAACGGGACAAAUGGUGAACCGCAGGGGUAAAGGUAGCCUGGUGCAAUGCACAGCAUGUUGCCAGUAUGCAGUAGAAAAACAAUAUUUAGAAAGGAUAUGAAGGGUUUGAAAUUCUGGCAUUUUAUUAAUUUGAAACUUUCUAUUCCAAGAAUGGUGGUAUGAUCAGGUUCUGUUGUUUUUUACCCUGUUGUAAAGGUUUGUUUUCUUCAGUCCUUAUUCUAUCACCAACAAAGUCCUGCCAAAACACCAUUCCAAUAUUUAAUAGUGAUACGAUUUUCUCCACCAGAAAAUAGAAAAAUUCACAGUAUUUUGUAGUGAAAUGAGGGACAUUCAUGAUGUUAUUCUGAUGAUGGUAGAUGAGUCAAAGUGAUAAACGCAUCCCAGAGUCUUUUAUUAUUCUGAAAAGUAGGCUUUCCUCAUAGAGCAGGAAUCAGAACACACUUCUACUGAACAAUAACAGAGUGAAAAACCCCCCAAAGGUGAAGAAAUGUAUCCCAAUCAUUGUUCUGUGUACACUGCCACAUGAUGCAUAAUGUACGUAGUAGCACUGGAAUAAAUCAACUUUUAAUGGAUGGCAAAUGGGUUUAACAUGUUCUCUGUAUGCUGUUCGCUGUUCCUUCAUUUUGCAGGUGAACUUAUGUCCUAGCAAGGAGAGACACCAAGGUCAAAUCAUUAAAGACUAUCUUCAGCUAUGACCAUAA